CGGCAAAUUCAAGAUGUCCUCCUAAAGAUGUUUAUAUUUACUUUCACGCUUUUAAAAACUCAGUUUUAGUCAGUCCUAAACAAGUGUUUUAGUGUUGUUGUAAUGGGAUAGAAACAGUUAAAGUUAAUAGAUAUUGGUUUCAUCUUACUGUCUUACUUAAAUAAAUGCAUUAUUUGUUUGCUGUUCAAUAACUACUAGAUCUAGACUACUGUUUGAAGUGUUUGGCUUGGAAUUUUAAAGAAAAUUUUUCUAAAUUUAAAAAGAAUUAAACAUGGAUACCCCAUCAGUAGAUGCUGGGAAAAAAAGAAAGUUUAAAAUAGUUGUUAAAAAACAAAAACAUGCACUUCAACCCUCAGCUGCUAAAGUUUACCAUAAGAAAUUGAAAUCUGCAAUCAAUGUCAGCUUGAAUUCAACUAAAAAUGUCCGUACACUUCAAGCAAAUAAUCGUUCAUUAGCUGCAAGUUUGGAAAAAUUGAGACAGAAUUUACGUCAAGUCCAUGAUCACCAUACCUAUUUGUUGAAAAAGAAUCAUGAACUAAGUGAAAAGAUAUUAGUGCUAGAAAGGAACACAAACUUGUCACCAUCUUAUAUUGAAGAUGAAGUGGAAAAGAGAUUUCAGGUAAGAAUGCAGGAUAUCAAGACCAAACUAAAUGCUUAUGUGGAGCUUCUGAAAGACCUUAUUGAAUCCUGCUCCUCAUCAAGUGAUGGCAACUGCACAGACUCCAUGCUGCCUCUUAACUCCAGUCAGCUAUUCUCUAGUGGUCAAGAAAUAGCAGAAAAUACAAGUGUAUUAGAAGAUGACAAUUUUAGUGAAGCGAGUAGCCCAUCAAUGAAAAAAGUGGCACAUCAGAUGUCCAUGAUCUUGGAACAAUCCAUGCUACACCUCCACCCAGACGAUAAUUUAUUGUUUAGCCAACCUCUGACAACAGUGUCUGAAACGGUGCCAUCUGUUCUGGAGAGGCCAGUUUUGUCCAAACUUCCAAUGAGGAUCUGUAGGCAGGCUAAAGAAUCAGAAAAUAAGAUAUCACCAAAUAUUGCAAAUCCCAAGCCAUUGAGAAGAGAAACAUUUUAUAUCAAAAAGUCUUCCCCUGCAAAAAAUGAAUUCAUUACUGAAACUGAGGUGCCCAACUUUCUUAUUGAUGAUGCUGAAGAUGAAAUGAAAAAUUACCAGAAUGUCCUGCAGAGCAUUUCUGAUUUAGAAGCAUCCCUACCACUGUCUCCUUCCAAAACAAAAAAGUCAACUCUGUCUUGUGAUGCUGAGAAACCUGUCAAAUCUAAAUCCCCUAGGAUAUCAAAAAGGAAAGCAAAACCUGUAGAGAACACAAAGAAAGCAGUGGAGCCUGUCCCGGUUAUUAUCAAUGAAUUUGCUCUGAUCAAUGCUCACCAAGAAAGGAUGAAGAAGCUAGAUGAGCAGAGCAGUGUUGACCGGGCCUACAAGUCCCCUAACAAAUGUGUUGAGUCUACUAUUUGUGUUCCUACUGACAUGGAGAUAACCAUUGGGGCUCUUGGCUACUUCUCUCCUGGCAAGCAGCAGCAGAAACUCUGUCAGCUAGAUGAGGGCAACAAGGGGAAGCCAGCAGAUUUUUCAACCAAUGAUUCGCUGCCAGAAAAAAUCCCUGAAGCUGUCACUAUGAGACUGGCCAAGCCUGGCAAGCUGGUCUAUUCUGUAUCAAGAAAAGAAUCUGAUGGAACUCGCAAAAGUGUCCCAAUCAAGGCAAGAUCCAAGUCAAAGAAGCAGAUAGCUGAAAUGAUUGAAAACUUAGAGCACAAAGAGCCACAGUCUAUAUUUGAUUUCCAUGAUAAAACUCCUUCAUCUAUGGUCAGUGAUAAACAAAAAGCCAUGUCAGUGUUCAGUAUUUCAGGAGAUGAAUCCACACUGUCUCCGCUAGUUCGGCUUGCCAAACAAAGUAAACCACAUAGCUUUGACAGUAAAGUGCAGUCUUUGUUAGGCAAUGGUGCAACUUAUGAACUUCCUCUCAAAGGUAGCCCCCAGGAGAAGAAUGUUAAGACAAUGUACAGAUCCCGAUCUCAGUCUAGUGGUAGGAAGUCUAAACUGGAGGUCAAUGAGGUCAAGGCUCGUAUUCAGGGCAAGAAAAGCCUUCCUAAGUUCAACAGUCCAGUUGGAAACAGCAGUCCUUUAACGACACGAUCUAGGGGUAGGUCGAUGAAGAAGAUACUAUCAGAUAGUGACACGCACAGAGCCAGAUCUGACAGUAGACACAUGAGAGACAGUGGAGAUGGGGAUAAGGUUUUUUUCCUCUCACCAGCCUCACCUGCCCAACAACAGAAACUGGAGGCCAAGGAGACAGUGAAAUCUACACCACCUGAGCUGAGAACCACUAGACACAGUGCACCAAAACGCCAGCUUGUUUCACCAUCUCGUCUAAGUUCUCUGCCACAGGGUGGCUCUAAAGGCCAGACAACAUCUCCAGCACGGAGUAAACAGAACCAAGCUAAGAAAAUGAAAUCCCCACCAACAAUCACACAAGACAUAUUAAAGUUUGUCCCUGAGAUCAGGCAGGAUAGUUUGGAUUUUAAUGGACAAGUAUCUGAGCUACCAGAUAGUUUAUCUAACGAUGGCAUGCUAGAUGCAGAUCAGGUGACUUUAAGCUCAGAAUGUACAUCCACAAUUUCAGUUAUAGGUUAUGAAAGCCCUUCAUUAAAUCGUCCAGCAAGAUCUAUUAAACAGAAAACAUCUUCCCAAGCAGUAGACAGACCUAAACUACUGGUGGCUCGGAGAAACAAAAAGAAAGGUGAAGAGGGAAGUAAGAGGAGUGAGGAGAGAAAUUCUGAGUAUGCCCAGGGUGGGGUUGCCAGUCUAGCAGAGACUAAAGACACUUCAGUGGCUAAAAAAUGGACUGAUCAUUCUCCUAAUGUUGAUAAAGGAAAGCACAGAAGCAAAAACAAGUGUAUGCAGGAUGAUGUUGAUAAAGAGUCAGAGCAACUGCUGGAGAGAGUAAAAAAUUUAAAAACUCCUGCUUUGAGUGAGUUGGAUGAGACUACUAGCUCUACAACUAAGACUCUUGAAGACAAAUCAAUAGACUCCAGAAAAAGGAGACCCCAGUUGUCAUCAGCUGAAGAGGAUAGUGUUUACUCAUUAGGUUCACCCAAACCAUCUAGAAGUACAAUUUCACUGUUGAUCGAUGAUUGUUCUUCUCAAAAGUUGGAGAAAAAACGUGAUACUGAAACCAAAAGCCAAUCACCUGAAAUAAAACGAAGAAGAGCAGCUACCAAAGUAAACUAUGCUGAACUACCCCUGAACUCUAAACUUAGGAGAGGAGACCCUCACACUUCACAUUAUUGCUCAUCUGAAAAAAUUGAGAUAUUUAAGUCUCCAAAACCUAAAGGUAAAAAGAAACCUACUGUACAGAGGGAUGUCCUAGGAUCCCUUCACAACAACAGCAUCAAAGAAAUGGAUGAAAACUAACAUUUUUAGCUGCCUUGGGUUGUUUGUUAGUAGGUUUUUACAAGUUUUAGGGGUUUUAAUACUGUCCUAUUUGUUAGGAUUGAUUGUUUUAAAAUCAUGUAUUUAUUUAUUCAUAUUGUCUUAAAUUUUAAAUUUGUUUACACAUUCACAUGUGUACAUUGUGCAUAUUGUAUGCAUCUUGCCCUUUCAGCAAUCAAUUAACCCUUAAAGCACAUCAAGCCACGAUCGUGGCUUUGCUGUUACAUAACUUAUACCACGUAAGGCCAUGUGGCGUGCACUUUAAGGGUUAACAAAUACUUUGCUGGUAGUAGGGGUGCCUGUUGGUAAAAAUUGAGAGUAACAAUAAUUCUUUUUAAUGCUGUUUUUCAUUGACAUAAAGAAAUUUUAGUUUUAUAAUAAAUGUAGUCCUAGAGAUUUAAUAAAUCUGUUGUUAAUCAAACGAGAGAUAAUCCUCUGCUAGAGAUCAUUUUUCUUUUGACCUCCAAUUUGUGUUUAAUCAUGCAUUAAACACAAAUGUAAAAGUAAACACAAUUGCAAUUAUGUUACACCUUUUUACAGCAUUGGAAGGAUAUUUUUUCCCCAUUGGUUAUAUAACCAAUGUCCAAAUUAAGGAAUAUAUUAUAAGAAAGUAUUGUUCUGUCAUUUAAAAAGUUUAGCUUAAAACAAAGGGAACAAAAGUAUGAUUGCUGUAGCUUUAUUUAAAUUUGUAAAUAAAUGUCACAGAUGUCAAUAACUAUAACUUUUUUUAAAGAUUGUGCUGUUAUUGUUGUGAAUGUGGUCUUGUUUGCUCUUGUCUUUUUCAAAUCUCCUGACAAUGUUUAUCAGAUUAAAAUGCUUUACUAAGAUGCUAACUGCACAUCUUUUAAUCCAUGUGGACAUCUAAUGAAUGUUUAAACUUAACAUUGCUCUAGCUGCUGAAAUUGUUUUGUUUGAACAAAAAAUAAAUCUUAUCCCAUAUUGGUAGUGUUCCUUUGAAUCUUC